GUGUCAUUUUUUAGCUUUUAGCUACAGUGUUUGCAAGCUGCAGCCUGCUGGACAUUUUACUUUAUACGACAUUUAAAAACGGCCCAUAAUCAGACAAUGGUUGAAGGACCGGGGUGCAAAUUAAAUGGAGAGAAAAUUCGUCGGAGAGUCCAGAAAGGACAGAAAGUAAAAGAGAUUCGAGGCACCUUGACAGCAGCUAACAAAAACAGCUCGGGGAAAAAUGCUUUCUGCCUUUUUAAUGGUGGCCAUUACACUGGAGUUGAAACCUUGGGGAAGGAGCUCUUCAUGUACUUUGGUCCCAGAGCUUUGAGAGUCCACUUUGGUAUGAAUGGGUCGAUGCGUAUAAACCAGACAGGGAAGAGGGAAAAGAACGACUCCUCUCCAGCGCUGGAAAUUCACCUGACUAACGACAUUGUUUGUUUCUUUGACAGCACAGUGGAAAUAAGGGUAACGGAGGACUGUGAGCAGAGGGUAAGGGCUCUGGAGAGUCUGGAUGUCUGCUCCUCGAGGUUCAGCUUCUCCUGCGUUGAGGAGGCUGUGAAGAGACAAAAUUUCAGGAUGCUCUGUGACGUUCUUCUCGAUCAGGUCGUCAUGCCUGGAGUCGGCAACAUCAUUAAAAAUGAGGCCCUGUUUGACUCUGGCCUCCACCCAGCCGUGAAGGUUCAUCAACUUGCAGAUGAGCAGAUCCACCACUUGGUGAAGAUGACACGUGAUUUCACUCUUUUGUUUUAUAAGUGUUGCAAAUCUGGUUCUCCUCUCUACAAACAUUACAAAGUCUACAAGCGUCCCCAAUGCGGCCACUGCUCUCAUGUCAUCACAGUCUGUCGUCUUGGAGACAGCAGCAGGAUGACUUACUUCUGCGAGCGCUGCCAGAGGGGAGAUCCCAGCGAGGUUGAUGUCAGAAAACUGCCGGUCAGAAACACUUUGUUUGCUUGGACCUACAAUAGCAGAACCAAUGAUAAUGUGGCGAAGCCUGAGGAAAAGGACUGGAUCUGUCAGCUGUGCACGCUCAUCAACCAGCCAGCAGCUAAAUCCUGUGAUGCCUGUCUCAGUCCAAGACCUCAUGUCCACAAAGACGGCAUUAGCACUGAAGCGUCACUCCUCACCACGGAUUUGAUUAAAUACCCCUGCACUGCCUUCCAGAAGCCACAAGAGGAGCUCAAACUCAACUGGAGGUCUGCAUUUGGGACAUCUACCCUUGUUUUGUCUGAUGUGAGCAAAAAACCAAAGCCUGUAAACUCCACAGUCUUCCCAGUAGGCACUCAUUUGAAUUCAGUGGCGGUACAGCAAGGUUUAUAUAAAUACAGUGUCUGCCAAGGGACAACAAGCCCCAAUUAUGCCUCUGGUGGCUGGCAGAAGCAAAGUGCCGAGCGUUCCGAUGGGGAAUCACUGGCCUCCUACAGUCACCCAUCCAAGAAAAUGAGAAUUGAUCACGGCCCCUUUCUCAGUAACAAUGCUCAAAGCAGAACCCCCAACUCAAGCAUACCAAAAACUGACGCACCAAGCUGGAGUUCGUCCAGUCCUCCCAACCCCACUGUGCCUCGUUGCACAUCCCAUCAUCGCCCGGCUCUUCUCAGAGCAGUCCACAAGGAGGGGGAGAAUAAGGGCCGACGGUUCUAUGUCUGCUCGCUUCCCAGAGAGACCAAGUGCAACUUCUUUGAGUGGGCUGACUUGCACUUCCCUCUUUGUCACCAUGGGAAACGCUGCUUAAUGAGGACAGUUCUAAAGCUUGGACCAAAUAACGGCCGCAAGUUCUUCACCUGCAGCUUCAGAAAGGGUAAACAGUGUGACUUUUUCCAGUGGGCAGAGCAUGAACCAGGGCUGUUUGUCCACUCUGGCUGUUAAUGUCUGUUUACUUAACAAUGAGGCUUAUGUGUUCAUAUCGUG